GCGUCCUUUGCUCUAUCUGCAGAAGGGGUUGGUGGGGGUAGGCCGAGGCGGGGCGAAGACGGCAGAAGGAAGGCGGGGGCGUCCUCGCCGGCGUUUAGCAACGGAGAUGGCGCGCGGCGAGUCCUCCGCGUGGAGAGCUUGUAAGCGAGAGGCGUGCUCCACAGGGCCGGCGGCAGGCACGUUAGGUGUUGGUUUGGAGAGGAUCUCGGCGGAGCUGCCCCGCCGUGUUCGCCACCAGCAAGCUCCAAUCGUUGGGGGCGACAGCAUUCGCCGGCGCCGUCGCGGCGCAAGGUGUGCAGAUUAUGCAGGUUAUAGACCUUCCAGUGUUGGCUAUGACGACAGCUACGAUCCUGAUAAUGAAAUGUCAAACAACGACAGUCUGGAGGAGAGUAGCACAUCCAGUGAUGAUGAAUCUGUGUCCAGGAGGAAGAAGAUGUUAGAGGAUGCUCUAUUCGGCUUUUUCAAGAAGGAGGCUCUCAAAUCUCUCAAGAGGGAAUUCUUAGUUUUUUGUCACAACGCUAAUAUCAAAGUCGAGAAUAAAAGGCUAAAAGCAACAGGGCUAGGAAGGGAUGUGUACAGUGUGUAUGCUACCAAGUACUUCGCUGAGAUACUCAAGCGUAUGGCUAUUGGGCGGAAGGAUGUGAUCUCAAAAUACGGGUUUGAGCAUCUCCUGAAGUUUGAGAAGACUGAACUCCCUUCUCACUUCACCAGAUGGAUUGUUGGUUGCGUAGACACAAUAUCUUCCCAAAUCAUUAUUGAUGAUCAGAAGAUCAUCUCUCUUUCUAAGGAGUCUGUCCAUCUUGUGUUGGGUCUGCCGAACAGCGGCAUUAUAGCGAUGCCCAAUAAGGAGAGAGGGAGGAGUUUCAUUAUGUCUAGGUUCAAUCUUUCAGAAAUUCCAAAUGUCACUUUCUUUGGAAAUUUGCUCACAUCAUCAGAAGAUCUUAGUGAUGAAGACAUCUUCAUAUGUUUCACGGUGAUUGUUAUGUCAUGCUUUUUAUUCCCUUCUGCAAAUGAUCAUAUACACACGGACUUCCUAUUCCUUCUGGAGGAUCCUACUAUCACAAGGGGAUUCGACAUGUGUCUUCUUGUCUACGAAUGGAUUUUGGCCGGCAUCAACCAAUAUGUGUUGUUUGGUAGGGAAACCGGCAGAAAACCAAAAGCGUUUGAUUUCUGCAUAUAUUGCUUGGCUGUGUUGUAUUUGGACAAGCUUGACUUUGGUAUAAGGGUGGUCGAGCAAGGCGUCCCGCGGAUUCUUGCAUGGAAGGGUAAUUUGAUUAAACAUUUCUCGGAACUUGACCGGAAGAAGCGCAACUUAUUUGGAAGGAGACCGUUCAAAAAGGAGCAUGUGUUUGCAACUGAAAUUGGUGCUCCUCAUGGCAUUAUUCAACAAGGAUCAAUAUCAGUAUCUUUCAAAGAGGAGAUGAUGUCAUCUUAUGCUAAUAUUCUACAUACGCAGAUCAUUCAGGGCAUCAUUGACAGCGCAGACUGCGACAACAUAAAGGAGUCUGGUUUGCAAAAUGUUCAGGAAGCAAUAACAUCAAAUGUGUUGAAGUUUCUAUCUGGAUCCAGACUAUCAUCUCUUUUCGUCGUUAGUGGUCGGGACACCUCUUCAAAACUAGGACCAGUAGCGAAACAAAACAUGGGCAUAAUGAGCAAGGAUGAUAGAACUCAACAGAAAAGUUCACACGAGUAUGGUGAAUGCAGCAAAGUGAAUGAGAACCUCAAGCACGUUAAGAGCAGCAUCAACCGCACAACUGUCAAGAUCAAUGAAAACAUAGUUUCAUCAUUUGCACCUACUAAGCCUUCAGUCAUCGGAACGAGGAACAACAAGCUUCCAUUGCAACCUAUUGAUGAGAACAGUUUGUCGGUAGUUCAUAAGAGCUCACACGAUGCUUUAGCAACCCCAGAUUGUGUGAUUACUAAAAUUGUUGAACACAGCAAUGAAAAAGUGCCUGAAGUGGGAGUAGUGAAGAAGGUCAGGGCUAGAAUGUUCAACACAAUGCAUCAUGAGCAGGAGUUUUCUUUGAUUAACACAUUCCCAGUAGGGUUGAAGGAGCGCAACUCUUUUCUGCAGUUUAGUGUGCAAAACGGCCAGGGCACUUUCACACGCUCCACCAGUCUAACCGGCACAAAAAAUGAUGUUGGGAGGCUACGAGGGAUAUAGGGAGCUGACCAACUAAGAGGAAGGCAGACAUUGUUGAUAUCAGUCCAACAAGUUUUGGUGUCAGGCAAAUCGAAUUAGCUAAGAAUGCAGAUCAUGUAUACAACAAUCUGAUCAGACCAAUUGCGAAACGUCAACGCCAAUCUACAGUAGGGGUAGAAGAGGUUGUUGAUGUGCCAGACGACACUGAUAAUCAUAUCAUUAUCGAUGAACUUGCGCCAGACACCAUUGUCAAUCAAGGUCGACAUGA